AUGGAUCAUAUCGGCAAAGGGAGCUUUGCGGAGGUCUAUCGAGGCAUACACAUAGAGAAGCGAGCCGCUGUAGCCAUCAAGUCCGUCAACAUGAAUAAGCUCAAUAAGAAGCUCAAGGACAACUUGGUAUCCGAAAUCACCAUCCUGCGAAGCUUGCACCACCCACACAUCGUCUCGCUCAUCGACUGUCACGAAACGCCAUCCCGCAUGCACAUCAUCAUGGAGUUUUGCGAACUUGGGGACCUAUCAGCAUUCAUCAAGAAACGUGCAGAUCUCAUCAAUCACCCACAGACCCAGCGCAUGAUCGAGAAGUACCCAAAUCCGGUCGUGGGUGGAUUGAACGAAGUAAUCGUCCGGCAUUUCGCAAAGCAGAUGGCCAGUGCUCUGGAGUUUCUAAGAUCGAAGAAUUACAUCCAUCGUGACCUCAAACCCCAGAACCUUCUGCUGAACCCGUCGUCCAUGUACUACUCGCAAAGUGGUACACUCGAACGCAUGCCUUUGGCCGCCGACGCGAACUCGCUGAUCCCUGCACUCGGAAUAGAUUCACUGCCAAUGCUCAAGAUUGCUGAUUUCGGCUUCGCUAGAAUUCUGCCAACAACAUCUCUGGCCGAAACCCUCUGUGGAUCUCCGCUCUACAUGGCCCCGGAAAUCCUACGCUAUGAGAAGUACGAUGCCAAGGCUGAUCUGUGGUCUGUCGGAACUGUUUUGUUCGAGAUGAUGUGCGCUCGACCACCGUUCCGGGCAAAUAAUCAUGUCGAGUUGCUGCGCAAGAUCGAGGAACGCAAGGAUCACAUCAGGUUCCCAGAGAAUAUCAUCUCUAGUAGGGCCAUGAAGAAUCUCAUCCGUGCUUUGCUGAAGCGAAAACCCACCGAGCGCAUGUCCUACGAAAGCUUCUUCGCCGACCCUGUGAUCCGCGAAGAUAUCCCAGGCCUUGUUGACGAGGAUUUGCCACUAUCUCUGCAGGCUUCGGAGCCGGAGCGACCUAUGGAGCCACCCAGGCGAGUGCAAAAGAUGCCGGUGAUUGAGCGACGGGCUACGGAGAGCCCUUAUUCGCACUCGCCGAAAGACACAACUGGCAUGGGAAUCACGCCGCCAUCACGACCAAGCUCUCGACCUCUGUCUGGUGAUUACUCAUCAUCUCCGCGACGUACCUCUUCAUUUCGACGAGCAAGCAAUACCCCAAUAGACCCAAUCGAGGAACGCGCUCCUUCACGUGAACAGCGACGUCCAGUGCUUGCCACUGCUCUCACUGCGCCUGGCCGUCCAGCGCCUCUGCAAGACCCCAACUCGAUUGGACACCGACGCCGAUUCUCUCGAGAUGGGCCGCCCCCGUCAACAUCUGCGCUCAAAGAGCAUCUCGAUCGCGAGCGUAUGCCACCGAAGACGGAGGCAGGCGCAAUGAAAGAGGCCGCGGACCGAGCUGCGCAGGACACUGCCCUCGACGAGGGGUUCGUCUUUGUGGAGAAGCGCCGCGUAGAGAUCGAUGCGUUGGCAGAUGAAAUUGCUGCAAGCCCGCAAACGCAAAGAGAUCGACUAGUUAACCGAGAUGGUGCUCUCAAGCGACGAGCGACAACCCAAGGAUCGCCAACUUCCGCAACUGGAGCGACAAUCCCCUCGCGAGCUAUACAGAUCCAGCAGAAGCCGACUCUCUUGCACCAUCGGACUGAGUCUUAUGAGCCUCGACGACAGUAUCGUCCCAGUUUUGAAAGUGCAACUUCGGCCCUCUCGAAGGCUAUGAAUAUGGUGAAUAUCCGUGGUCUUGGACUCUCACCCCCGGUGCUGAAAGGCGUGUCACCGCCUCUGGGUUACGCCGCCUUCCCUACUUAUCCUACGGCGCAAAGUAGCUUGCUACUCGUAGGGGAUGGUGGGAAGACUGUCAGCAAAGAUGAGGACUCGACGACUGUGAAGAAGAUCGAAGAGCUGGCGCAGUUGAGUCAUGUCAUCUAUGGCUUCGCGGAAGUCAAGUACAAACAACUGGUACCGGUUGCCCCCAGCGAUCAGGGUCUCGGCAUAGGCGCAACAGGAAUCGCACGAAAGCCGAGCAGUGUCGUGAUAGAGGAUGACGAUGAUGACGACCUGACACCUGAGACGAUACUCAUCAUCUCCGAGGAAGCGCUGGUCCUGUACGUCAAGUCACUUGCUAUGCUCAACAAAGCCAUGGACGUCACCGGAAGUUACUGGAACCGGAAUCGACGCAACACAUCCCCCGAAGCAGCCAGUCGCGCCGCGUCAUAUGCUGACCGGCUGAACCGCGUUGUAUCCUGGGUUCGAGACCGAUUCAACGAGUGCUGCAUCAAGUCUGAAAUUGUUGCUCGCAAGCUAAAGCAAGCGCAACAGCAACUCCCAAUCGAUCAUCCAAGCCAUCCCCAGAACCUGUCAGCUGCCUCAGGUUCUGCGACUACGAUUGGGACUGCUGAGACGAUUCUUCUCGCCACUGGUGUCACGGCCGAGAAGCUCAUGUACGAGCGAGCUCUCGAGAUGAGCAGGACGGCUGCUGUGAACGAGCUUGUCGGCACGGAUUUGGCAGGCUGCGACCUCAACUACUGGACCGCUAUUCUGAUGCUUGAGGCUAUUCUUGAAGAGGAGGAUGAGUCUUCCAGUCGUAAGCUCGAUGGCGAGGAGAUCAAUGGACUAGAGAGCGAGGACAGACAGUCAAUUCAGAAACUUCUUGAACAGAUGAAAGGACGACACCGCUCGCUCAAGAAGAAGCUUGAGCUGCAGAAGACUCAGAAACGCGCUUCAGUCACGGGUGCUCCAUCGCCGUAUCCCACCAGUCGCUCGCCCUCAUCUCUAGGAAACGCGCGAUAA